CCGAGGGCGGGGGGGUUCGGGGGCAGCCGGAGACGCUCCUUCGAGCGCUAGCGCCGGGCAGCCCUUUCCUCCUGCUCCUCCUUUGCAUUGUUGCCAUUAAACUCAAUGAACCAAGCUGCUCUGGCCAAAAGCACAAACUAAAUCGGUUUGGAUGAUUCGCGAUCUGAGCAAGAUGUAUCCUCAAACCAGACACCCGGCACCGCAUCAGCCUGCUCAACCCUUCAAAUUCACCAUUUCCGAAUCCUGCGAUCGGAUUAAGGAGGAGUUUCAGUUUUUACAGGCUCAGUACCACAGUUUAAAGCUGGAAUGUGAGAAACUGGCUAGUGAGAAGACAGAGAUGCAGCGACAUUAUGUCAUGUAUUAUGAGAUGUCCUAUGGGUUGAAUAUAGAGAUGCAUAAACAGGCAGAAAUUGUCAAGAGGCUGAAUGCUAUAUGUGCACAAGUCAUCCCUUUCUUAUCCCAAGAGGUAAGGUGGUAGUUUGCAGGUGCUGGCCUAAAAGUUUUUCUAAUGUUGUUGUCAUUACAAAAGUGGAGCUUUAUAUGACCUGUCUGGCUUUGUGAAACUUAUAGUGCCUGUAUUUCAUUUUCCAAGGUGCUGUUCCAACAUCAGUGUCUUAUUAAAAAUUCAGUAGAAUAUAAUUUCAGCACAUUUAUAUAAUAGAUCACGUUCUAAUGUGCUAAGCAAAAUUUAGUUGUUUAAAAUAUUUUGCUGUCAUGUACAAUGCAGUGUUGCUC